UCGCGGUGCUGAACGUCGGGGACACGAGUGGGUACGAGGGCGACGUGUUCAUUUUCAAGAAGUCCAGUAUGAGAGUGUCAGGAUUGAAAUCGUCAAAGUUCAAGUUGAAAUAGUUUGUCACGCAUAAGAUGCAGCCUACAAAGUGCCUGUCUUGCAGAGUAGACAAGUGAGGCAGAUUGUAAGCCUGUUGAGAAGUAGAAACUGUAACUGAGCUGCUAAAGUAGCAUGACAAAAGGCGUCCUCCUUACCCAAACAGGACGACAAACUGGAUUUCGGCCUUACUCAGAGUUGUCAUGCACCACUUAGAAUCUGGGUUACAAUUUUCAUCCAUUUUAUGCAUUGCAAGCUAUUUCACCUUCGUCGAUUUCAAUCCUGACACAUCCAUAUCCAGCGACGGGACCACGAUCGAAACCAUACCGACCUACAUCGGCGUCAUUUUCCAGCCGGAUGCGAAGCCUUAAGGGGCGCGAUCGAUGAAGUAGAUGACUUUUGGUUCGUCUUCGUGCUGCUACUUGUCAUGCCAGAGAAUGCUACAACUACAAUGCUGUAGUCGAUGCUGGUAAAAAUUGGUGUCUUUACAUGACAAAUUAGGAAGACAAGGGAGGGAAGCCGUUGUGCACUUCUGGCAUAACCCACCGAGA